AGGUCUUGUCGGGGCGGCCGGUUACCAUGGCAACGGCUACUGAAACAAACCCCUGAAACCAAAGGGAGCGGGCUCGGAUGUCGGGCGGCGGCGGCGGGGGCCUCAUGUCGUGUGUCCGCGAGGGCUCGCUGGAGCCGCCAUACCGACCGCCCGUCACCGACACACACAACCAUGGCGAGGGCCGCACUGGUCGUUUCCUGCGGGGCCUCCGGCGCAUGUUCAAGCGUCGCGGCAGUGGCGCACGCGCAGAUGCCUCGCCCGACCCCAAGAGCAGUUCCACCUCCGAACUCUUGGAUGCGGACCGACAUGCUAGAAGAAAGGAGGGCGCCUACGGCAGUGGGCUAUCAGUGUCCCAUGACUCGGUGUUUACGGGCGAGCGGUCGGGCGACGAGUCCAGCGACGAGCGGCCCACUCCUGCGCACGGCCUCGCACACGUCGCCACUUCGCAUCGCGCGGAGCUAGUGGCGGCAGUGAGGCGGCGGGGGCGCGGUGACGGGAGCGACGAUGAUGAGGACCUGGGUCUACCGCAAAGCCCACCGGCAUCACCUCCUACAGACAAGGUUGAAAAGCGGCACCAUGCAGGUAUAUCGCAGUCCUCGUGCAGUGAUGGUUCCCUGCUCAGCGUCGGAUCCUCAGAGAUGGAUGAGGACAGCAGCAGUGGCCACCAUCACUCACACGACCACUCCAAGAGUGACCAGUUCGAUUUCUAUAACACAUCAGAGCCGCCCACAGGUGUGGCGCCACUGUCGCAUUCGGCCGCGAAGCACAAGAUGGCAGUGCGACCACGCCGCACACACGGCGCUCCCCACCGCAAGAAAACGAACCCAAUUGCCGCAUCAGCCUUGCCGAUAACGCCCGAACUGAACGAAGAAAUGAUACGAAGCACUACUCCUGAAGUCAGUCACAAACAUUCAGAAGUGGUUACUGAAUCAUUCUCUUCAUCGACCACUACGAAGCAUCAUGUAAUCGUGAAAGAACAGCAUCAACAAGUGAACAGGGAACUCCAAAGAGUUCUGGAGACCCCGAAUGACACUAAAUUAAAAUCCUCGUCCUUACCUCCCGGGUUGGCACUCGGUCAUCUCGUCGGCCAGUCCCCUACAAAGCUCAGUAUAGCGGAAUCCAAUACUCCUCGGUCUUCUAUAAAGAGGAGCCAGUCAAGCUCGCAAGGGCAAGCCCUUAGAGAUGUCUCAAGAACCCACGAGGAGACCAUUCAAACUUAUCAUUCGGAAGAAAGAAUGACAAAGUAUCGCAUGGAGAAGAAAGCCGAUGAAUCUUGCCAUGAGAAGAAAUCUAAGUCAGACAAAAAGUCAGAGAACGAGGCUAUAAAGUCUUCAAAGAAGGAGGAGUCAUUCUUCAGCAGGUUACUGCUGAGGAAGAGUGGGAAGAAGUCAAAGAAGGAUCAAACAGAUGGAGAUGGACAGCAAGAGAUCAAAAAGUGUAAAACAUCAGCUCAGUAUAAACCUGUUGACACGGAAAGAAGUUUCCAUGACGGACAAGGGUACAAGCCUGUACCUGCUGAAAGAACCCACAAGUCUGCCGGACAGAAAGCCUUUGCCAACCAAAUGCAUAAGAGGUUGGACAACAAGGGCGCCUACGUGCAAGAUAGUGCAUACAAAGAUGUAUACAGUGCUGCGAAGGUCCCCGGCGUUGAAUACAAUAUAACUGAUCUCAAAAUAGCUGAAGAAACUGAUAAAAUGUUGAACCAAGAAAUAAGGAAUCGCUACAGCAGACGUGAAGAGUUCUGUGAAAAAAUUGAAAAAACUAAACGGACGUCUUCUAAAGAAACCAUUGAAGAUAAGAGGGAGUCGUUCAAUUUGAACCUUGACAAGGCCAAGCGACCAACUUCAGUCCAAAGGCUGGUCGAUCCAUUCUCCUCCAAAGCAUUUAUUAGUAAUGAGCUAUUGAAUAGAGCCCAAGAAGAGUCUCCAGCGAUCUCAGAUGAUGAGCCGCCGAUCAGAGCGAUGCGCAUCAAAACUGUUCAUAACGAUUAUAACAUGUUCACUAGUGGAAGCAUGCCUAAGAACAUUCCUUACUUCAACCCAAGCAUGCUGGUGUCGACGUCGCCCCCCAAAACAAUUAGGCAUCAGAGUUCCGAGAACAUUAAACACAGGUCGUCUGAGCACGUUUCCGAUUUUACUGAGAAAUUAAUCGAAUGCAAACGUGAAUCAGCACGCCAUGCUUCUAAAACUGAGGAGUCUUACGUCACCUCUGCGAUGAGGUCUCUGGGAGACGAGUUUGUUGAGACCCGCAGCAGCAUCGGGAAGUCACACAGUUUUCGCUAUGCCUCAGAGUCGACGUCAAUCAGCUCCCAAGAGAACCAGAUGCCUAGUCUGCCGGCCAUCGUCGGUAUUUCUGAACCGUUGCUAGAAAGCUGGGAAGUCAACUAUAGGAGGAACUUGAGCGAACGAAACGAUUUCUCCAAGAGGAUUUCAGCCAGGAACUACAGUAUAAUGCAAGGCAAUGCCGAGGCUAACUACGACAGCUUGCCGAGUACUGACAGCAGUUACUUGGACAGCCUCAAAACUGAUACUAACGAAGACCGGAAGCUCUUCACCAAUAGUAUCCACAUUACAAUAGACAGCGCACAUAAGCGCGAUAGCGACAUCUCUCAGAUAGAGGCUAAAAUUGAUGAUAUUAUUAGUUCGCCUAAGCCCAUUAUUGCCCCAAUACUCAAGUCUAGUUCUUUAGAUAGCGUUAAGAGUAGCCCAGAGAAGCCAAUUGAGGAUAGGCGGAAAACGAUAUCCGUCGAGAGCGCUCUCAGUGCCAAACACAAUGUGCAAAAAGAAUUGAAAGCUGAAACGGAGAGUUUCAUAUCAGUAACACAUAUUAAUAAAGAACAAACCCCAGUCAAAACAGUGGAAGCACCAAAAAGUAAUAAGAGUGAUGAGAAACUACAGAAAACUGGUACAAAACCUGGAGUGCCAGAGUUCCUUAACAUACAGUUGAACAAAGUCGAUGCUAAACCUGCAACAAAUAUUGUUUUGACAGCUAAUGUUACACCAAAGAAAAUUGAUAGUCCACAAGCAGAAAAAGAGCAAGACAUUGAAUGUUUCCAGAUUACUGAAACCAAGGCACAGAACGUACCCGUGAGGAAAGAAUCUAUCAAGAGCAACAAAUUCGUUGACAAUAUUAUUGAGAAUACUCAGAAUGAUGACAAGAGCUCCCCACUAAGUGGAAGGAAAUCUGUCAUACCUGUAAUGCCACAGAGCCCUACUACGCCCAAAGCAUUCUUCAAAAGAAAAGCAAUGAGCGUAGAACUCCAGGAUAGACCAGAAAAACCGCGAACAAACUCCAUGAGCACUGACGGCAGCACGGAGAGAAUUUACGACAACAUAUCCAUCGAUCAGAAGUCCCAUUCUAGUUUUGGAAGCAAGAGUUCUAUUCAGAGCACGGACAGCAAUGACAUCAAGACUCCAGACAGGCAAGACGAUGCCGUAGUUUAUCGCAAGAAGCCUGGUAUACUGUCCAAAGAACUUCGAAGCGAAAGGAAGAACGAUGAUGAACCAGAACUAAUGAAAGUGUUCGCACGAAGAUCUCUGAAGCUGAAGGAUUCUGAAGCUGACAGCAUUGCGCAAGAAAUAGCCGCGAACCACAAUAAAGAAGAUGCUGAGACUCAACCUACAAGAAGUAAAAUACUAAAGAAUGAAUUUAACGCUUCUAUUAAAUCAAGGGACAGUGACAAAGAGAAUGAAGAUGUUAUAAAAGAAGAAGAAAAGAGAUUAGUGGACAUUGCUGCCCGUGUGAGUCAGUUUGGAGUACCGCACUACCAGAGAAGUGUGAGCAUAAACAGUGUGUCUAACCCUAAAAGGGACAGUGCUCCAGUGUACAGAAGCGAAGUAAAUAAAUAUAAGAAGGAAGUAUCAGACUCUACUCCAGAAAAGAGAUUAAGAAAUAGAACGUUCCCCGACCCGUCAAACGACAGAGAAGAUAUUAAAAAUAUAGCAAAAAGCGAAGCUAUGGCUUAUAAAGCCGACACCCUUACUAAAAGGCCGUGGCAGAAGAAUGAUGAUAAAUUCAGAUUGUCGGUCGAAAAGGACAGGAAAGAAAGUGCUGUGAUAGACAAGGAUGGAGAUUUAGAAAAGGAGGAAAGUGCGAAAGAGAAGGAGCCUUCGGGCGAAGCUGAUGCGUCUCCUCAGUUCAAAGGGAUCUUGCAGAUGAGGGCGGAGUGGGAGAGGCGAGCGAAACAGGGCAUGACCAAAUAAUUCUGGUGCUAGGUACAAGGACGUUGGGGAGUUGCUGUAAGAAAACGUUACACAUAGUAUAUUAUAAUAAUUAUAAUAAAAAAAUAAAUAAUGAAUUAGUUGUAAUUAGUUUAGAACAUUCUAAUCGGCGAAUAUUGAAUGUUAAUGAGAUGUAUUAAUUAAUAGUCUAUCAGAUGUUAAGGCGAUGUAUUUUUGAGCGUUAUUAUUAUAAUAAUAUAGCAAAUAGUUUCUAUUUUAUUAAAACAAACACUAUUAAUGUAUGAACCGGUCACUAUUCAUGUAUUGAACGACGGAAUACAAAUUUUAUUCAUAUA